UUCAAUCUCUCCGUGGAUCUCUCUUUCUGAAUUUUCCAAACAUGAUUCGUCGACCCAGUGUCGACUAUCACAUCAAACAAUUGGAUAUAAGUCCUCCUUCUGCAUCAGAUAACUCAUCAAUCCUCAUCAUCGUCGACACAUUAUCUGAUGACGACAUUCAACUUUUCCCAAGCGUUAUCUUCCACAUCAGUCUCCGUAGUUUAGGUCUCCCUCACAUCCGAGACCUUAUCCAAGGUCAACUCAUCAGACGCCGUUGGUUAAGCCCAGAGAUCUCAACGGCUGCGACCCAACUAGGGUUUAGUAGCACGGAGCUUCUUCGAGAUCCACUCGUUACCCAUCGUUGGUUAUCUGAUUACUUAGCCCCACAUAUCUCUGAUCUUGCAUCUGAGUUAGGCUUUGGUCGUAACGGUUUUAGUGUGUCCAUCGUUGUCAAGAUCGUUACUCAAUCGACAUCCAAGUACGAGGUGUUGUCGAGGAUGGUCCAGCAAGGGAAGAUGAUGAACAGUGAGGAGUUAGAGAGUUCUCAGAUGCAAACAGAGCCGUGUUCGAUCUGUCUAAACAAUCUCGUGCUCGAUGAUGGUUCGAGUUCGAAACAUGGAGUUCCUACACGUCUGACGUGUUCCCAUGUCUUCCACGAUGGGUGUCUCUUGGAGUGGUUUCAACGUAAAGAUACUUGCCCCUUGUGUCGGACUCUGCUUUACGAUCCAUCAAUGGUUUUGAACAAUGGAGAGUUGAUGCUUAGCGAAAAAAAUGGAGAGUGAAAUUAGGGUUUCAUACUUGGGCCACACGCUCUAUUUUGGGCAAGUUAAGAUACAUCUUUGUUUCACUAUUCGUGUGUUUUUUUCUCUUUUAGGGCUUUGAAUCAGUUUCAAGGAAAUGUUAAAUUUUUCUGUAACAUCAUUACUUCUUACU